AUGCGACCCGACAAGCCCCGCGACCCUGUUGCUGGCCCCGAUGCUGGUCCAGAAGCCCCGUACCCCAUUCGAUUGUCUGGUCCAGUGAUUAAGGGCUUUGGCCGAGGGAGCAAAGAUUUAGGAAUCCCGACAGCCAACAUUCCCGCCGACGACUUAUCCAAGGACCACCCAGAUCUGACAACAGGCGUCUACUACGGAGUGGUAGCACUCGACCCCAAGGACUUUGCGCAUGAGAAUGGCUUAACGGGAGAUACCGAGAAAGCCAGCGAGCCAAUUAUCCAGCCGGCAGUUCUGAGCAUUGGGUAUAAUCCCUACUAUAAGAACACCGUGCGGUCGGUGGAAAUUCAUAUUAUGCCUCCUCUCACUCAGCCAUCCCCAACCGCUAUCCCGCAGCCGAAAUUCAACCGCCUUCCUGAUUUCUACAAUACGCACCUCAACCUCCUCAUUCUGGGAUAUAUUCGUCCGGAGUAUGACUAUGUCUCUGUGGAUGCACUGAUUGAGGAUAUUCGUGUAGACUGCGAAGUUGCGCGACAAAGCCUGUUGCGGGACGCGUACAAGCGAUAUCUCGUUGAUGACGGACGCGUCCCGGAGAAGGUCGCCGAAGAUCGGAAGUGGUUGUCAAGCUUCUAA